AUGACGGGUCACAUGAAGGUCCUAAUGAAAUUCGCUAAUGACCCCAUACUACAAAUGCGCGAUGCAAUGGUUCCAAAACUAGAAAUCUCUAGGAAAUUUGAGGUACACAUUGCAGAUCGAGCUCUCUGGAAUACAGGGAACCCAUACACCAAACCUAAUGGGGAGGUUUGGUAUACUGAUGGAUCUAAGAUUGAAAAUGGUAGAACGGGGGCUGGCAUUUUUGGGCCGAACUUUAAAAAAAUGAUACCAAUGGGUAGCUACCCCACCAUCUUUCAGGCGGAGAUUCAUGCAAUAGAAAUUUGUGGCAGAGAAUGUCUCAGAAGGGGAACGUCAUCGAAAUAUAUCUGCAUUAUGUCGGACAGUCAGGCAGCCCUACUGGCCCUGAAGUCCCACAAAAUAAGUUCUCAGCUAGUACAUGAUUGCCGCAAUGUCCUAAAUGCUCUUGGUGACAAUAAUACAGUCUUAUUAGGAUGGGUACCAGGGCAUGAGGGACAUGAUGGCAAUGAGGAGGCUGACUGCCUAGCGAAACAGGGAGCUGCCGCAGUAUUUUAUGGUCCGGAACCCUUUUGUGGGCUCACCAAAGCACAUAUAAAGGGGACCAUAAAUAACUGGGUAGACAAAAUGUUCAACAGGCAUUGGAUGGAAUGUCCAGGGCAAAGACAAGCCAAACGAUUUAUCUGUCCUUCAAACGAAGUUUCAAAGAAACUAAUCAAUUUAGGCAGAGAGGACCUCAAAACUCUCACUGGGUACUACACGGGACACUGUUCUCUUCGUUACCACCUCAGUAAAAUCAAUCUUUCAGAAACAAGCGUCUGUCGCUUCUGUGAGCUGGACGAAGAAACGCCAGAACACAAUCUCUGUGAAUGUGAUGCUCUCGCUAGGCGCAGACUAGCCCACUUUGGUGGCGCUACCCUUAAUCCAUUUGAAAUUUGGAACAAAACGCCCUUGGAGGUGCUAGGCUACAUUAAGAGCCUUCCCAUAUAG